AUGUCUAACUUAAAGGAGACUCUUUCCAAAGAUAACGACAGUGAGGAAUCGCUUAUUUCUCAGUUUGAAACUACUUUGAGCAUAAAACCAUCAUCUAAUGAAGUUGCUGAGAAUCAUGACUUAUCACUAGACCAUACGGUUUUGGUUGGGAACAACUCAGUCAUAAACUAUACUAGGGACCAAUCUAUAGUUGACAUUGCUGAAUUAGAAGAAGAAGAACAACUUCUGGAACAGAUACCUAAAUUUAAAACCAAAAAUAGGUAUAAACUUGAACCCAAGCUAGCAGUUAAAAAGGAAGUUGAAAAUACUAGAAAUCCUUCCAACUCCAAAUCACGUUCUCCAAGUCCAUUCGUUGACUCUCAAUACGAGAAAAUAUUAUCUCCUUCUCCAUUAAUUGACCAUUCAUUAACCAGAUUCACCAAAUCGUUUGCUGAAUUUUUAAAUUCUAAUCCCCAUAUUCAAAGAGAAUCUCCCCGAUUUAUACAUGAAUCUUUAAAGACAUUAGUUAUAUUAUCUCCAUAUUCCGCCGAGCAUGCUUUUGGACGUAAAUGGGUUACCAAAUCUUACUUAUCCACCAUUUUUGAAAGGCCGCAAAGAUUAUUGGCUUCAUGUAUUGGAGUAUCCGCCGCUAUAACCAUGUUCCCAUUCUAUUAUAAAUUGAUAAAUUCAACUAAAAAAGGAUCCAUUUUUUCAAGUCAUGUUCGUAAAAUUCAUGGUAAGAAUUGGCCCAAAAAAUUAUUUGAACUUUGUAUUGAUUCUCAUGAAAAGUUACAAAAUGAUGAUCUAGAAGUACCAAAUGAUUGGAAUGUUGGUGACAUCUAUUUGACCCCAAAGACGUUGAACGCAAUUGAAGGUGUUAUAGGAACAGUUGAAACGGCUGUUGACUCGCUAUAUGGUCAAGAAGUUGAAUCAGAUAACCACAACCUAGCAUUUGUAGUAAUUAGACCACCGGGCCAUCAUUCUCAUGCCUGUUUACCUAGUGGAUUUUGUCUUUUAAAUAAUGUACAAAUUGGUAUCGAAUAUGCAUUUGAAAACUAUCAUAUUUCACAUUGUGCCAUACUUGAUAUCGAUUUGCAUCAUGGUGAUGGAUCUCAAGACAUUUGUUGGGAAAGAGCCGGUUUCACGGGUGAUUAUGGUAAAGAAGAUUCUGAUGAAAGUGAUGAAGUUAAACAAAAAAAUCCCCGUGAUGAUUACGGUAAAAGAUUCGCUACUUAUCCAAAAGUUGGAUAUUUCUCGUUACAUGAUAUUAAAUCGUAUCCAACGGAAUUGGGAUAUGCAACUAAAGAAAAUAUCAAGAAUGCAUCUACAUGUAUAAUGGAUCAUGAUUUAAAUAUUUGGAAUGUCCAUUUACAAGGUUGGAAAACUGAAGAUGAAUUUUAUAAACAUUACAAAACUAAAUAUGUUUCAAUUUUGAAUCGUGCCAAUCAAUUUUUAAAUAAUGCUAAAAAGGAAUACGAUUUGGAAUACCAUGGAUAUUUAAACGACUUGGCAAAAUACAAUAAAUAUUUAUUGAAACCUCAUUUAUACAACCAACCAGUUAAAAAGCCACAACCACCUCUUCCUUUCAAGCCCUUAAUUGUGGUCAGUGCUGGGUUUGAUGCAUCAGAGUAUGAAAAUCCUCAAAUGCAGAGGCACGGAAUCAAUGUUCCAACAUCAUUCUACGCAACGUUCUCUAAAGAUGUUGUCAAAUUAGCAAAUAUUCACACCAGUGGGAAAGUGAUAUCCUUUUUGGAGGGAGGUUACUCCGAUGGAGCAUUAACUAGUGGGAUAUUUUCCCAUUUGAUUGGAUUAACCUCGACUGCAAAUUCUUUAACUUCUCCUUCCAGGAAUUCUUAUGGCAGUGAUGACUCUCACGAUGAGGGUGUCGAUGAUGUGUUAUGGAAUCCUACUUGGGGCCACGAACAAGUAAUGAAAGAAUUAGUCAAAGGUUGCAAAAGAACUUGGACUCCUUACAAAAACCCUAGAAGUGACGUGACAGUUUGGGCUAAUGAAGUAAUUAAACUAGGUAGAUCCAUGAUGCCUAAUGCUAUCUUACCAGCCAAUUACAUCUAUCAUUACCAAGAACCCGAGCCAACGACCUUGCUGAAAAAGACAAGAUCAGUAUCACCCGAACUAAUCGACGGCAAUAUAGUGAGCCAUAAAAUCAUUAAAGAAAUCAUGGAUAGUGAAGGUAAUAUCGUGGAAUACUCUCAUAGUCCUUUGAAAAAGGACCCUGAUGAUAAUAGAAGAAUCAUGCGUCAUACCAGGUCUUAUUAUAAGAAAUUGAACAACAAUGAUGAAGCCCCAACAGAUAAUUCCAAAUCACAAUUGACAAGCAAUUCUACAUCGUCGAAUCGCAAGCAGGCCUUGAGGGAGGCCAUACUGCAGCCAAUUCCCGAUGUCAAGUAUAAAUAA